AGGAUGGACGCCACCCUGCCAGCCGUGGCCGAAGAAUUGUUGAGAGAGAUAAAAAAAGCUUUUCAAGAGACUUCACAUGUCCCCGAUGACCUCCUCUCCGCGCUUAAAUUCGUUUUUGGGGCUUCUGCCGUCCCUGCUUUGGACUUGGUCGAUCACCAAUCGGUCACACGGAUCGUGUCUCCUAGUGGAAGGACUGUGUAUCAGGUGCUCGGCAGCUCCGGCAAGCUCUACACUUGCUAUGCCUCCUGCCACUUCUGCUCCUGUCCAGCCUUCGCCUUCUCCGUCCUGCGCAAGAGCGACAGUCUGCUGUGCAAGCACCUUCUCGCCGUCUACCUGAGCCAGGCCCUGGGCACGUGCCAGGAGCUCACCGUUUCCAACAAGCAGCUGACCAGCCUCUUACUGAUGGAGGACAGCCUGAGUUAGAGAGAGACAGGAGUGAGGCUUCGCAGCCGGGCAUCUGGCUACAGGAGGGGGGAACCCAAACUGGGGGUGGGGUGGGGAGAUUGGGUUCCAUGGGACUGCUUUUUCUUCUGCUUCCUUGUCCUCCGCCCUAGUGGCCCCUGCAAGGCACCGGAGCAUCUAUCUUCAAUGCACCAUUUUUAAAGCAACGACACCGGAUUAAACCGUGCACGUAUCCCUUGCGCUCUGGGUUCCGAUGGUAUUCCCAGAGAGCUCCCACACCUCCAGCUUCCGCGUGUUUCCAAAUACGGAGCGAGGGGACGUGGAAAGCACAGGAGUUGGAGGUGGGUGCAGACUCCGGCACGCUUCUAGCCCCCGUGGGACUGUGAAGCCAGGAGGACUUGAUCGGUGCGUGUCCUCUUUUUGUAAGUGUGGAGGCAAGAUCAGUCAGAGCGGACGUCUGAGUGAGAUUCCCGCUGUCCUCACCUUCUGGCAAAAUGAGAGUGAAUUAUGCAAACGAAGGGCUCCAGAGCAGAAUUCACCCAUGUUCAGAUCUGCCUGGGCAAAUAUUUCUGCUGUUCUGAGCCUGGCUUCCGGGGUGGUGCCCCCUGACAUCUUUCCUGGUGGCCACCAAGUGUUUGUAGGAAGCAGGUGAAGCCAGGUAGGGCUUUUGGCCAGCAAGACCUCUGGCUGCCUGCUGGCGAUUCGACUGGCUGUGCAAAUGUCGCCUUGGCAGCAGCCGCCCCCACAGCACAAGGAUCUAUGCCGUGCGACUGAAGGAAAGCGGCUGCAGCCAUUUUGUGGCUGGCUCUGCCCCUUGUGGCGGCCAUUUUGUUGCCGUGCCCACCCUGCUGUGUCAGAAUUCCAAAUGUGCCCACAGGCUGAAAAAGGAUGGGGCCCCCUGAUCUAAUCAGUCCUUGAGCUCAGAAACCGAUGCUUUCAUGAAGAAAAAACAACAAAGCCCCCCAAAAGUGAAUGACCAGACGAUUGCUUUUAUUAAAAAAAAAAAAAAUUACAUCCAACAGGGCUGUCCUUUGAGCGAGCAAUAACCUCCCCCAAUUCCCUCCCUCUCUCACACACGCACUUUCUUCCACUGUUUUUAAGAAGGAACAUUGAUUUACACCGUAACUGGCCUACAUUAGACUGUUUCCCAUUUGAGAAUACCAGUAGCAUCAAACAACUGAUGACAAAAUUUACAAAUAGAGAAAAAAACAAAGGCAAAUAGAAGGGAACGGGACU